UGGCUACGUCACCAGUUUUUACCGAAUGCGAUGGAACAGCGUGGAAUGAAAAUCUUAAAAUCUUUCUAGCGGUGGCUGAAAUUCACAAACAACAGAGUUUCUAGGCACAGAGUUUCUAAACCCAGAGGCGCAACAUCGCGAGACUUCCGGGAACAGCCAAGUCAAUGGGAGAAGUGUAAUUUGUUCCCGUGGUUGUACCUUUUAGAUUUCGAGACAAGAUGAUGUCUUAUCACUUGCAAUCACUUGCUCGAUGUGUGUUACUUGUUCUCCUUGUAAGUCACUGCCAAGAAGCCAGGCAGGGACAGGAUCUCAAAUGUGGAGCAUGUAGGGCCAUGGUGGAUGAGAUGGAGUGGGCGAUAUCCCAGGUGGAUCCUAAGAAAAUGAUCCAGACAGGGUCUUUCAGAAUCAACCCGGAUGGUAGCCAGUCUAUUCGAGAGGUUCCCUUCGCCCGCUCGGAAGGUAACCUCCUAGAGCUGAUGGAUGAGGUGUGUGAGCGGCUGAAGGAUUACGGGGAACGUGUGGACCCCACCACCAGCAGGAAGACCUACGAAAGGGUCACGUCUCGGAACGGCAAAUCCAUGGACCUCUCAGAGGCUAAACUGGAUUCCAGAGUCACAUCCAGCCUGAAAUAUGCUUGUGAGACCAUCGUUGAACAACAUGAAGAUGAGGUCAUCGAAUUCUUUGCACAUGAAACGGACAACGUCAAAGACAAACUCUGCAGCAAGAGAACAGACCUUUGCGACCAUGCUCUGCAAAUCCCUCAUGAUGAGCUAUAAUUCCGUCGUGCACUGGACGCAGCUCAGCGAUACGCACAGCUACCUUCUACCGCGUUACAAUGGGGACGAGGACUAUCCGGAGUUGCUCCAGCACCAGGUGCUUAGGGUUGAGGGGAGGUGAGGAUUGUAGACCGAUGGAACAAUCUUGUAAUGUGUAUUACUGCAAUGAAGUGCUGUUUGUCUUACACAGACCUGUAGUAACAACAAAUCACGCUGGAUGAUUUCAUGAGUUUAAACACUCACGCUUACUCUUGAAGCAGAAUGGUGAAUAAAAUUCUCUAACAAUAGUUAGAUACUGUAACUGUCCAACGUAGUUGCUGAUUUUGUUAUGCUUGUUGCUUUGAUUCAUUGUAUUCUGUGAAUGGAAAGGUUCGAUUACACUUAAGCAACUCCAAUUCGUUUUCUAUUUUGUGUAAUCUUGUCACUGUCAUCUGUUUUACAUACUUUGAUGGAAAUAUAUAUAUUUCUACAACAAUCUGGAGUCAUUGUUUUCAAAUAAAAUGUUAUUUCUCACAUGUGCUGAAUACAACACCUUACAAUGAAAUUAACUAAAUUAAAGAGCAGCAGUAAAAUGA